AUGCGUGGGACAGAAACAAAUGCCAAGUUCCUGUGCUCAUCCCUUCCUGCUGAGCAACGAGGAGGGAAAAAACGAGCUGCCCUUGGGCUCUCCUUUUUGCUUUUGUUCAGCCUCUACUCUGGUGCCCUGCUCUGCUGCAGAGACAUGGGAAAGCUYGCAGACCUCCUCUUCUUGGUUUUCUUGUCAGCUYCCUGUACUGCAGAGAACAUCACUGUGGUUUAUGGAAUGGAAGGUGGGACCAUUUCCAUCAACUGCACCUACAAUCCCUGGCAGCAGCGGUGGAGAGAAAAGAGCUGGUGCAAGCAGGUGGACSAGAUCAAGUGCCAGCACGUGGUGAGUGCCCGCCGCUUCUGGCUUCAGUUCCUGAAGAAYAGGAACGGCACCACGUCCAUCAGCGACAACAUCCAUGAAGGGGUCCUGACAGUGACCAUGAAGAGACUCAAGAAGCAGGAUGCCGGGCUCUACCGCUGCAGAACCGAGUACUUGGGAGAAACGAAAACCUUGCACAAGGUGCAAGUGGAAGUGCUGACAGCAUCAGAUAUAGCGCAGACCGAAAUGCCAGAGGAGCCUAAUGCCGUGCAAAGCAUUUCCAGCAUCACUCCUGAAGCUGACUCCACUAUCUUGUGCAUUGUCACCGGAUUCCUGGUUACCAAGUUCCUGGUGGCUGUGCUGACGUUCACCAUUGCCAGCAGAAGGAAAAACAAAGACACGGAGACAGAGGAGAAGAACCAAAGUCUCCAUGAACAGCAGCUCYUCCCGCUCCCUGGCAGCCUGGUGGAACACGCACGGGAUGGAGUCAGUCCCUCUUGGGAAAACACUGCUUAGAGCUCAUCUGAAGACACCAGGGAAUUGUAUGACAACAGGUGUCAAACAUUCCCAGGCAAAGAAAGUUUUGCCAUAAGGACUGCCGACUAAAUGCAGGCAGCAGRACCUCCAGGGAGGGAAUACCAGCAUCUGCCACCUCCUCACAUCCUCUCUGACCAUUUUUCUUUUGUGACCUUCACAAUAGCCCUGAAAAGAGGCUGCCAGCAACACUAGAACCUGCUGGAAAGGGCUGGGGAUAAGAGGGUAUACAGAGUAUUUCAGACCCAGCACAGACUUGCCUGCAUGCAAAAGUGCUUCCACAGGAACUGGAGAGGUGAGAGCUCUGCUCUGUUCUCCCCUAGCUCUGUGUCAGGCUGCAAUUUUCCUCUUUCACUGAAGAUUAGUGUUAAAGAGCUAACCGCUUUUGCUUUUUUUCAGCAUGUCUUACCUAUCUCCAUAAAACUCUUGAAUGUUGCCACCCAAAAGCAUGAAAUACAGCCAGUAGUGGACAGUUUGUAUUAAAAAAAAAUGACACUACUAUUUGUCUAGAAAUCAGUUUUGUAACCGAGAUUGCUCUCUGUAAAGCUUGAAGCCACUGCCACAGGGAAGGCAAUGCAGUUCUCUGUUACCAUCUGUAGAGGGACCAGUAACAGCACUGUCCAUCUGCCAACAAGCAGUUCCCGUCAUCCCUAGGAACAUCCCAUAGGGUCUGAAUUGAGACAGUAGAGUUCAUGCCAUCUCAGAGUCUUCAAGGUGAUGAAAGGACUCGCCCUCAAAGAUUACAGUGGAUGGUGUGGAUCUUUGCUGGAAAGUGACUAUGGAAAGACACAACAAACUGUAGAACUUAACAGGGAUGUGGAGUGUACACGCAAUUCUGAGCCUGCUUCCUGAUUUCUCAAAUAAUUUUGCAAAGAAUGAACUGUCUUGCUUUAUUU